AUGUGUUUAGACAAGGAAGUUAAACCUAAUUCCUUGAGAACUUGGGAUGAGGUCACUAAGGAGUUUCUUUUCCGUUUCUACCCUCAAAAGAAGACCGUCGAGGAAAGAACUCUAAUCCAAAGUUUCAAGCAAAAGCCUAGUGAGAGUUUGUUUAAGCCUUGGGAAAGAUACAAGGAGUAUCAACGAGAAUGUCCUCAUCAUGGAAUUCCGACUUACCAAAUCAUACAAUUUUCUAUGGAGGAUAUAGCCCCCGAGGGGAAGUCGUGUCUUGAUGCCGGAGCUGGAGGCCCGAUUAUGAACAAGACCGAAGAAGAGGUUGUAGACAUAAUUGAGGAUGUAGUUCGUCACUACAUGGAUUGGAAAGAGGGAGAGAGAGGUGUCUAUAAGCAAGAGUGGCUCAACUGUCUAUUCGCAUCUCAAUGCAAUCAAAAACUUUUCUUCCCAAAUCUUAAACUUGGGGAAGGAGAUGACAUUGAUCAAAGCCAAGCUAGAGAGAACCAAGGAAAUCAAGGUUUCAGAGGUAACUAUAGCAAUCAAGGUUAUAGUAAUCAAAACCAAAAUCAAGGGUAUGGAAAUCAAGGCCACUAUCAUGGUUUUGGUGGCCAAAAACAAAAUUUUGGCAACAAUCAAGGCCGAGGUAAUUGGAACAAUCAAAGUAGGGGAAAUUUUCCAAAUAACAACCAAAGGGGACCCCCACCUGGAUUUGCUCCACGAUCUCAAGGCAAUGGUGAUAAUUCUUGUGCUCAACCCCCAUCUUCCAAGAAUACCUUAGAGGAGAUCAUCGAGAACCAAACUAAGAUUUUGAACACUUACAUGUCGGUGAGUGAUAAGAAGUUUAAUGAGAUGAUGACACACAACAAGAUGCUUGAAACCCAAAUCACUCAACUAGCCAACACCUUGAAAGAUUGUGCUAGCCCUUCUUCAUUACCUUCUCAAGGAGUUGAUUCUAAGAAACCCAUUUAUUCUAUCACCAUAAGGAGUGGAAGAAUGCUUGAAGAGAGGGUUUCUUGUAAUAAUGAGGAGGAUGAGAAGAAGAGUGAUUCAAAUGAGGAAAAAGAGAGAGAUGUGUCAAAGAGUGUGAGCAAAUAG